GACAGGAGGUAACAACACCGGAGUGACUGAAUCAAGAGCCCGCGGCCUGCUCUGACGUCUCACCCCGUCAACCUCAAGUACACACAGCGGCAAAAUGGAUGAUUCGGACGACGAACCCAUUGCCCUUUCGUCUCACGCACUUGCUGCGCUUGCAGAGUUCAACGCCGAAAAGGAUGCGCAUCAGAAGCGCUUUGAGGAGCUGAAUGCAAAGGCUGAAGAAAAUGCGGCAAGGAAUGUGCCACUUUCUAUGUCUGUUUUUGAAGAGGACUGGAACAAGUCGCAAUUCUGGUAUUCGGACGAAACAGCACUGGCUUAUGCUGGUGAGCUUCUUCACGACGCCGACGAGACGGAUACAGUUGCCGUCGUCUCAGCUCCCAGCGUCUUCAUCGCGUUGAGGAACCUCUUGGGCCAGUAUGGUCCGGAACAGCCAAAGCCUAAGAUUAUCCUUUUAGAGCAUGAUGACCGCUUCAGGAUGUUCCCAGAGUUCGUAUGGUAUGACUUUGCUCACCCUUUCAAGCUCCCAGCCGAGCUCAAAGGAGCGGUUACCCGCAUCGUCUGCGAUCCGCCAUUCUUGAACGAAGACUGCCAAACCAAAGCUGCUAUGACGGUCCGGUGGCUGGCCAGCCCUCGAGUCCCAACUACGGGUCGCGUGAUUGUUUCUACUGGCGAACGUAUGCGAGACCUCAUCGCCAAGGUGUAUAGGUCGUUCGGAGUGAAACUGACGACAUUCGAACCAAAACACGCGCGAGGGCUCAGCAACGAGUUCUGCUGUUAUGCCAGCUACGAGUGUCAGUUGUGGACGUGGCAGCAAAUGGCUGAAGGCGGGCAAGAACAGUGAUGCGGCGGCAUGCAUCCAUGUGUGAUUCGGUAUGUGCAUGAGACUGCACAUGACUUGGAGAACAGUCUGCGAAGAUCUCUCCACAAAUGUCACUGUUUCAUCGUGCAAUGGAUUACCGCCUGUCCUCCAAACUCCAAUACAAACAGAUAGCCUGUA